CAAGGAACUGUUUUACGCAUUCGCCGACUCGACGAUUCAAAAUCCUCAAAAAGUUUAGUCUUAUUUUAAUGAUGUUGCCUCGCAGCGGAUGUUCUUACUGAGCUGCAGCCUUUUUCUCUGCAGAACGGAGCUGUCCAUCGUGUGCGGUGGCCAUUAAAUCCUUUGUUGUCAGAACGGUGUUGUUAUGGUGAACGCUGUCGUCGCUUCCGGUCAGCCGGUGCCGGCCAAUGCGGCCAACCGCCGCACAUGGGAUCGGCAGAUCGAAUAUCUCCUUGCCAUAACCGGAUUCUGCGUGGAUCUGGGCAAUGUGUGGAGGUUCCCUUACAUGUGCUCUAAGCAUGGAGGAGGUAUGUACAGCAGAUUGCAUCAUUUACAGAGGAGCACUGGACAUUAGGAAGUGUAUUAGGAUAAUGUCGGCUUUGUUGGCUGCUGUUAAUUCUGUCUUUCUCACUUUAUUUUAUGCGUCCAUGCCAACUGCAGGCGCUUUCCUCAUUCCCUACAUCGUGAUGCUGGUAGUAGGCGGGAUGCCGCUGCUCUACCUGGAACUAGCGAUAGGACAACAUUACCGAUCGGGAUGUAUUAGUAUUUGGCGCUACAUAUGCCCGCUACUGAAAGGUGUGGGAUUUGGAAUUUGCCUGAUCCUACUAUAUAUGAAUUUUUAUUACAACACAAUUAUUUCCUUGGCGAUGUAUUAUCUGAUGGCUUCUUUCCAACCGGAAUUACCAUGGACACAUUGCAAUCACACCUGGAACACGGACUCCUGCAGUCCAGGCGCCUACGAUUCAGCGGAGGAAUAUUAUUUUCGACAAGUGCUGGGAAUUCACCAAUCCUCCGGCAUCGACGAUCUCGGUGCUCCGCGCUGGCAGUUAGUCUGUGGAUUGGCCGUGGUCUAUGUUGUGACUUAUUUUGCGCUUUGGAAGGGACCCAAGAGUUUAGGGAAGGCCGCGUGGAUAACCGGUGUAGUGCCCUUCAUUGUGCUGCUCAUCCUGCUGAUCCACGGGCUGACUUUAGAGGGCUCCUACCACGGUUUACAGUACUUCCUCUAUCCACAAUGGGACCGCUUGUUGCCCGUUGAAGUGUGGUCAGACGCAGCGGCCCAGGUCUUUUUCUCCCUGGGUCCCGGGUACGGCGUGUACAUGGCCCUGGCAUCUUAUAAUCCACUCCAUAAUAACGCAUUUCGGGAUGCCGUGUUAACGAGCUUGGUCAAUCUCAUCUUUAGCUUCGUCAGCGGACUAGUGGUGUUCAGUAUUUUAGGCUAUCAGGCGCACGUCAGCGGACGCGACCUUAGAGAAGUUGUCACCGAUGGUCCCGGAUUGGUUUUCGUUGCACUCCCAACGGCCGUCAGCACGAUGCCGGGCGCUCAGUUCUGGAGUGCCAUCUUUUUCCUCAUGUUGAUUACCCUUGGAUUAGACAGCACGCUUUACGGACUGGAAGCCAUUCUAACGGCAGUUUCCGAUGAAUACCCAGUUCGUUUGGGGAAACAUCGAAAACUCUUCUGUUUCGGAUUAUGCAUGCUGUGUUUCCUGUGCUCAUUACCCAGCACCACCUCUGGUGGACAGUACGUCGUCACUUUAUUAGACUUUUUCGGGCCGACAAUCGCUUGUACAUUCCUUGUGUUAGUGGAGAUCGCGGCUUUUUGUUUUUUGUACGUUAAAUCGCGGAAGCUGCAUGAUAUCAGUCGCAUGAUGAGCUCCAAGCCUGGAUUAAUUUGGAUGAUAUGCUGGACCGGCAUUGGUCCCAGUUUCGUAGUAGCGACAGUCUUCCUCAUGACCUUGUUCCACUACUCCCCGCUGACCCUGGGCAACUACGAGUUUCCGGCGUGGUCCAUAGCGCUGGGCUGGGCGCUGACCUUUUCCUCCAUCCUCUGCAUCAGCGGAUACAUUGUCGUUGCACUGCUGACCGGGAACGGUGCACUUCGCAUUAAGCUGCGCAAGCUAAUUCGACCGGAAGCGUUCAUCACGGAAACCAGAGAGUCCGUGGCCCUACAGAAGAAGAAGUGCCAGGACCCUGAGACCAACCCGGUGCGCUUUUAAUUCCCUCUUCACGUCACAGUCGGCCAGGGUGACCAGUUACAAAAGCACCUUCGGUUCGCUGUAUUCGCUAUGAUAUUAUUACAUAACUCGGUGAAGGUGAUUGGUCGCAGCACAUCUUUACUGGGCGCUUCCCAUAAUCAAAGAGAAAAAGAAACGGUGAUUUGUAUUUGUGUUGGAAUUCAUUUACUCGUACUUACUUGUGUUCGCAGUACGUUGCAACCGCCUUUGCCUUGUUUUCUUACUCUAGUGGCUGUUAUCUGUUAAUCAGGAUUAACUAAGUAACAAAAACGCCGAUCCCGAAAGAGUUUUACUAAUUAGGAUUUGUUCUACAUUUUUACAUGCAUGCAACAGAUUCAGUACGUUCAUGUCGACGACGGCGAAGUGGUUUACAGAUAUACUUUCAAUUAAACCGCUACUGCUUGCAA